CUCUCACUCCCUCUCUCUAUAUUCAUGCUUCCUCUCCUUUGAUCUCUUCAUGUCUCUAUCACCGUAUUAAGAUACCCACUCACAUCUCUUACCCAUCUCGUCUGAUUUACCACAGCAUAUUCGCCCUGAUUCGACAUCAAGAUGGCCGGCGACAAACCAUGGCCGCAAGUGCCGGUCGGCAACAAGGAUAACAACAACGCUGCCGUGGUCAUCAUUGGGGGAGGCUUGGCGGGCAUGUGUGCCGCCAUCGAUCUCAUCAAGCGCAACAACUGUCGAAACUUCAUCAUACUGGAGAAAUCAGCAAGCCUGGGAGGAACAUGGAACGACAACAAGUACCCCGGCUGCUGCUGCGACGUCGGCUCAAUCCUCUACAGCUACAGCUUCGCACCCAACCCCGACUGGACGCGCAAUUAUCCCGGCCAAGAAGAGAUCCUCGCCUAUCUCACCGGAGUGGCGCAAUCCUACGGGCUCUACCAACACGUUCGUUUCAGCUCGACCGUCACCGAUGCGACAUGGGACGACGCCACCCAGCAAUGGCACGUGCGAGUGAAAAGAGCAGAAGGGACCAAAGAGGCAGAGUCAACACCCGAGUAUACCCUACGGACGGAUUUCUUGGUCAGCGCAGUCGGACAGCUAAACACGCCGAAGUAUCCGGAUAUCCCAGGAUUGGACAAGGAUGGAUUUGACGGCAAGAUUAUUCACUCCGCGAGGUGGGAUUGGUCAUAUGAUCUGAACGAUAAAAAGAUUGCGCUGUUGGGGAAUGGCUGCACGGCGGUUCAAAUCCUGCCCGAGAUCGCCAAAGUCGCCAAACAUGUUACGGUCUUUCAACGUACUCCCAAUUGGCUGGUGCCGCGAUCCGACAGGCCCGUCUCGGCUGUGACACAGGGUGUCUAUCGAUAUGUUCCCGGCGCCAUGUCCUUUAUGCGCGGCGUUGCCAUGGAAUAUGGCGAACUGGCGCAUAAUGCGCUCAAGGGAGAGGCAGGCACGAUCGCCAGAAUGGCGCACCAGAGGGCUAGCAAUCAUAUCGCGAAAUCGUUGGCUGGCCACCCGGAACUUCAGGAGAAAGUCACACCCAAAUACAGAGUCGGUUGCAAGCGUAUCAUCGCCAGUGACGACUACUACCCAGCACUUCUCCGACCCAACGUCGAUCUCGAAACCCGUCCAAUCCACGGCGUUUGCGGCAAAAACAUCAAAGUCAUCGAUCCCGAGACGAAUGAACCCACCGAUAGCCUCUCCGACUACGACCUGAUCGUCUGCGCCACGGGGUUCCAAUCCCUCGACUUCAUGCACCCGAUCAAAAUGUACGGUCUGGACCACCGCUCGAUCCAUGAUGUCUGGGAAGGCGGCGCACGAGCGCUCUACGGCAUCGCGGUCGAAUCCAUGCCCAACUUCGGCAUGCUCUACGGACCCAACACCAACCUCGGCCACAACAGCAUCAUCCUCAUGCUCGAGGCCCAAAGCCGAUACAUCAACGGCAUGAUCGGCGAGGUUCUCCGAGCGAAACGCCAAAAUCAGCCCAUCCGCCUCACCCCCAAACCCGCGCGGGUCGCGGCCUUUGAUGAGGAAAUCCAAGGGGAACUCAAGGCCAGUGCGUGGAACGAUCCGAAUGUGAACUCGUGGUAUAAGACCGCCGAGGGCAGAAUUGUGAACAACUGGAGUCGCAACGUCGUGGAUUAUCAAAAGUUGGUAUCGAACGUGCGGCUCGAGGAGGACUUUGAUGUGGUAGUGGUGCAGCAGAGCAACGACUCGGACAAGGCCGAUUCUCCAUCAACGGUCCCGAGAGUCGGCGGGAGGAAGAAGAUCCAUGUGGGUCGAGUGCACGAGGAAUUGCGGCCCAGUAAAACGACAUUGUAUGUCCUGGGCGCCGUCGCGGGUGCGGCGGCGAUCGCGGGUGGAUUUCUGGCGAGGAAUCCGAAAUUGCUGGAGGAGCUGAGGAGUUCGAUAGCGUAGAAUUUCAUCUCUGCCCGGGUCGUGAUUCAACCGAAGGG